UUACCAACGCGCUCAAAUCUUGACUUUUUUACGCGAAUGAAAAUACUGUCGCAUGUAUGGGAGUCAUGGUGUGAAAAAGACUACCAUUUGAACCCUUUGUAUCUUUAGCUCUGGUGAAAAUCAACACUGGCGCUUCUCAACUGGCUUUUGGCUGUGAGUAACUGAGCAUCGACUGAUCACCGAGCCAUUCUGUAAUUUCUAAAUGGAUAAAACUCCUGUGGAGACUGAAUAUACAAGCGGCGACGAAGCCUCCGAUGACGACGAACCGCACAAAGAUGAUGUGGACGAAGAGGGAUUCACACGGCUCGACCACAUUACAAUCUGCGUCAGUUUCAGCGGCCUGGCGAUGCUCCUUCAUUCGUUCUUUAGUGUUGUGAUAUCCGGUUCUCAAGACAUCUUGGGAGGAACUUUUAUUCCUACCACCACAAUCCUCGCUUCGCAUGUAACAACGAUGGUGAUCGUCACUUCAAUUCUUCCCUGGUACAUGCAGAAAAUCCCUUACUUAUGGCGGACACUCAUUAUAUUCGCGGCUAUGGCAAGCGGGACAGUUCUUAUCAUCUUGGUCGACAACGUUUACGUCAAAAUUAUCGGAGUAUCUUUGAACGCACUUGCCCAUGGCUUGGGAGAGAUUUCAUUCUUAGCCCUUAGUGCUUUUUACGGAAAGUUCUCACUUACUUCUUUCGCCGCAGGAAGUGGGGCAGGAAUACUUUUGGGGCCAAUUUAUUACACAGGAAUGACGUCAUGGCUUUGUUUGUCACCACAGAUAUCCCUGACAAUUAUUGCACCAGCCACACUUUUGAUCCUGUUAUUUUACUACAUACUUGACAAGGACCGCAUUAAGCCCUAUGCCUUACUGGAAAAAUACAACAAACUCAAGACCGCUGACUCCGAGUGCUCAGAUGACUAUCUUACCAAGGAGCAUUUUGGCCAUUUGUCUUGGGGUGAGAAGUGUACUGGUGCAUGUCAGAUCUUGCCCCUGAUGAUUGCUCUGUGCUCUGCCUACAUUGCACAGUACAUAACUAUUCACGCAGUCUUUACAACGAUCGCCUUCGAAGACGCUCCUUUUGCGCCAAGAGACCACUUUGUUUACUAUGUUCUCGUAAACGGUAUCGGCGAGUUUUUAUUUCGUUCCUAUUUAAGCGCAAUAGCGUGGUUCAAGCCAGUUUUAAUUCCUCGCUUCGUUGUAAAGCACACAUGGAUUUUCUCACUUCUUUUACUGGCUUUUAUGAGCCUUUCAGUAUGCGCUUCGUACUACCGAAUCUUUGACUCGGUAUGGUCGGUUUUGUUGAUCUGCUUUAUUAUUGGCUCGUUGUCAGGCUUCGUUUUUGCGAACACAGUCUGCGCAGUGCCCCUGGUUGUGGAACCGAAGUAUAGGGAAUUCUGCUUAGGACUGGUAACGAUUGGGGAAUCUGCGGGGGUCUUAAUCGCAAGCUUAGCAGGUCUUGCUGUGGAACCAAUUCUGAGAAAACAUUGCUCUGACAUAGCGAGAAAAACCGCUCUCUGUUACACAAGGCCGACCACGAAUAAAUGGAGUGCAUCUACAUGUUCAAUAAAGGGAUGAGGAAGUCAUAAGGUUGCGAGUAAUCUCGUACCCAGAUCCUACCGUGUAACUGUAACUGUCCGUGGAAGGGGGGGGGGGUUAUAGGAAGGUAGGGGGGAAGGGAGGGUGGACAUAGAGACAUAGAUAACCUCGCCUUGUCGGGUUUUUGAAGUUUGCAAGAAAGAUAGUUCUUGUAAGAUCGGAGGUAAAGGAACAUAUUUCUUAUAGGUGGGAAUAAGUCGGUUUCAAUUCAUCCAUCUCGAAUUAAUGUUUUGAAUAGGGAAAAGGGAAAAUCUUUGACUGGAAAAGAAAAUUGUAAAUUCUGAUAGCUGAAAUCAGUAAUUAAAAAAAAUGAUUGGGAUAUGAUUGUGUUUCCUCGAUGGUUUAGUUUUCGAACCAAGGACUGGAUUGAAUAAUAAAACCCGAUAAAAAAACG